AUGCCGCGCAAGCAAACCCAGCAGCGCGCGCCGAAAGACCGCUUUGCGCAGCAGAAACCAGCGCAAAGGCGCAAGAUCGGUCGAGCUCAGGACGCUCUUUCCAUUGCUGAGGUAGAGACCAAGUCAAGACUUGGUGUUCGCCGCAGUCGUCUCGGUGUUUCAGAGGACAAGAAUGAGCGCAAAAGGCACUCUGCCCGCGACGAGGACGAGGACGACGAUGACGACGACGAGGACGGCCCGACCCAUAAACGCCGCAGAACCGGAAUCGACAAUGAUAGUGCCGACGGUGGCAGCGACAGUGAAGGCCACGAGUGGACUCUCGGACAAGUCAACAGCGACGACGACAGCGAACUAGACAGUGACGAAGCUUUGGGGUCGAGCGACGAAGAAAGAUUUGAAGGAUUCACCUUCCGCGGGAGCUCUGCGAACAAAACCAAAGCCAAGCCGAAAAAGCCUCAGCCUAAGAAGCGUGCCGAGAUCAGCCUGGAUGAAGACAUGGAUGAAUCUGAGGAUAAUGAAUCUGACGCUGAGGAAGACGACGACGAUUUGGGUGAAGAUGCUGUGGACCUUCUUACUGCUUGGGACAUGAACACCGCUGAAGAAGAAGCGGAGUCGAAGAAAGCAGCUGUCAAAGCCAAGAAGGCAGCAGGCGGGGACGAGAGCGAUGAAGAUUCAGGCUCCGAAGGAGACAGUGAAGACGACCCCAGCGAUGAGGAUUCUGACCUGUCUCUCUCUGAUAACGAGGACGAUGCCGACGCUCAGAAGCAGGGUCUUUCCAAGCUACAAGAUUUCGUCCAGUCGAUGGAGGCAGGCAAGCACACGAAAUCUAAGCAAAAAACAUACGAGCAGACCAACCCUACAGAGUACGGAUUGACCUCUUCUCGCAAAUUGACUGUUGCGGACCUCCUUCCUUCAAUUACGGAUUCUCGCCUCAAGGGCUCUCUUAAGCAUGUCGAUGCGGCACCUCAAGCCUCCAAGUCGGGUAUUCCGGGCAAGCUGGAUGCCCCAUUGGCCAAGCGUCAACAGGACAAGCUCGACCGCUCUGCUGCUUACGAUAAGAGCAAAGAAACUCUCAACCGAUGGCUGGAUACCGUCAAAGCAAAUCGCCGAGCCGAGCAUCUCGUCUUCCCUCUGCCGAACCCGGACGGUGAACAAGUCCACAGUAUGAACGUCGCUAAGCCUAGCAACGACCUUGAAAACACCAUCCAGAACAUCUUGGUGGAAAGUGGGUUGGCCGAGGCCAAUGGCAAGUCUGCAGAAGAUCAGGUUCAGGACAUCGAGGGACUGCAGUCGCGUGCAUUGCCCAUCGAAGAGAUCAGAGCUCGCCAGGCCGAGUUGCGGAAGCGCCGUGACCUGAUGUUCCGCGAGGAAGUCCGCGCCAAGCGGGUCAAGAAGAUCAAGAGUAAGGCCUACCGCCGUGUCCAUCGCAAGGAGCGAGAAAAGCUUGAGCAACAGGAGCGUCAGGCUCUUCUGGAGGCUGGCGUGGAUAUGGAUGAGGCCGAGCGAGAGCAGAACGAACGCAAGAGAGCCGAGGCUCGUAUGGGAUCAAAGCACCGCGAGAGCAAGUGGGCCAAGAGCUUGAAGCAAACCGGACGCACUGCCUGGGACGAGGAUGCUCGCAACAGUGCUGCUGAUCUCGCAAUGAGAGAAGAAGAGUUGCGGAAACGUAUUGAAGGAAAGAGCGUGGCUCGUGGAGAUGAUGACUACUUGGACUCCUCGAGCUCGGAAUCCGAUGAUGAGGAUCCCUGGGCUGAAGAUGCAGAGGAGACACGGAAGCGCAAGAUCCAGGAGAAGCUGGCCGCCUUGGAGGGAGAUGGCAACGAGGAGGAAUAUACGGGUCCUCAUUCGAAGCUUCUUGCUAUGAAGUUCAUGAAAAAUGCCGAUGCCGCCCACAAAGAGGCAAACGACGCAGAAAUCCGGAAACUUAACCGCGAGCUUCAUGGUGAAGAGUCACAGUCUGAGGCAGAGUCAGAAGCUGGUCGUCGGAAAUUCGGGCAAUCAGCCAAACGUGAUCCCAAGACGACGAAGGCUUUGCCAAAGAAUGAGUUUGAGGAAGCUGCCGACUCCGAUGACGAGGAGCGUCAGGUAGUUGAUUCAGACCAGGAUAUCGACAUUGUUACCGACCGUCCAACAAAACAAAAGACUGCCGGUGCUUCCAGCGCAAAACCUACUGCUGGUUUGUCCAAGAAGGUGUCUGCUCCGCAGAAAGCUGCGCCAGCGGAGAAUGAAAACCCAUGGCUUGUACAAACCGAGCGCACCAACCGUAAAAGGAGCGAAGCGGACUCUCAGGAGGCACUCGAUAUCUCUGUCGACGCCCAACAACCUCAGGCCGCCCAGGCGACAGAUUAUUCCAAGAAGAGCAUGACCGGUAAACUCUCCAAGCAACACCGCCAGGAAAAAGAUGACAGUGACGAUGAGGAGAACGUGCCUGUCCUGCUGAAGAACCACGACCUCGUGAAGCGGGCCUUCGCUGGUGACGAAGUUGUGCAAGACUUCGAGCAAGAGAAGAUGGACACUGUUGAAGAUGAGGGUGACAAGGUUGUCGACAACACACUUGAUGGAUGGGGCAGCUGGACAGGUGACGGCAUCAGUAACAGGCAGAAGAAGAAGCAAAAGCGCUUCCUGACCACUGUGCAAGGUGUCAAGCCCGAGAAGCGCAAGGACACCAAGCUCGACCGUGUCAUUAUCAACGAGAAGCGAGUCAAGAAGAAUGUCAAGUACAUGGCCACCCAACUGCCUCACCAGUUCGAGAACAAGACUCAGUACGAGCGUUCUUUGCGCAUGCCGCUCGGUCCGGAGUGGUCGACCAAGGAGACCCAUCAGGACAGCACCAAGCCUCGUGUCCUGGUCAAGCAGGGAAUCAUCAAGCCCAUGGAGAAGCCCAUGAUUUGA